CCACGCAGGCGCAGUGGACCGCACGCGCCCCCGUCGCCACCCGCCGCUUUCGCGGCCUGUGUUUCGGCGCUGUCGCCGCCGCUGCCGCCUGCUGAGAACCGCUUCCCGGCUCCAUGUUCCCGGCGUGGGGUUUGUACGGGGCGGCCCCUGGGGCUUACCCUCCCCCGCCCACCAUGAUGCCUCCGCCGCCAAUGGCCGGGCCUCCUCCGGCGGUGCUGCCUAACGCCAUGCCGCCGCCGCCGGCUCUGGGCAGCUACGCGGCUUCGUCGGCGGCUCCUGGCUCCGCGACGGCCGCCGCCGGCACGUCCGGCUUCCUGAGCCUGCAGGAGCAGCACCUGGUCCAGCUGCAGCAGCUCCAGCAAAUGCACCAGAAGCAGCUGCAGUCGGUGUUGUUAGGCGGGCCUCCCCCGCCACCCGGCGGGCCUCCCCCGAGCCUGCCGCCGCCGCUGCCCAGCGCCGCUCCUCCUCCCCCCGCCGCUUCCUGGCAGCCGCCGCUGCCCCCAGGGCCGCCCUCGGCGCGCAGCUAUCCGAAGCCGUUCAAGCACCGCGAGCCCUCGCCGCCGCCUCCUCUCCCGCGGGACGCGCUGCUCCACAAUGCCCAGAGGCCGCCUCUGGCUCUCGGAGAGGAUGUCAAGGAGCCGCCUCGCGUGGAUAUGGACAUGGACCUGUCCUCUCCGCCACAGUCACCUGCCCAGCCGUACAUGCCCCCAGGACCCUCCCUUGAGACGGACCCUUACAUGUCUCAGUCUCUGCCGCCACAGAACUCCUCGUCGCAGCCCUACCAGCCCCAUUCGAAGUUGCCGAAGGCAGCUCCACGCACCUUUUCGGAACACCCUCCUCCAGCCGUUUCUCAGCCUUACCAGUCCCAGGCUUACCCACCCACGCCCCAGACCUCAGCUUGCCAACCGGGCCAGCCCGUUACUCCAUCCGACUCACGCUUCGCCCCACCCCAGAUUCCUCAGCCUGCUCUUGAACCUCAGGAGUUAAGACAGGGCAGUGGUCCAGACAUAGAUAUUAGGUGUGAGCGACAGCAAGCCGCCCUGCACGCAGACCCCUCCACAAUGACCGCCCAGGAACAGCAGCAAUUUUGGUAUCAACAGCAUCUGCUUACUCUGCAGCAAAAGGCAAAAGCACAUGCACUGGGACAGCAGCUGCCAUCAGGUCUAGGAGUGGUAAAUGAUGCUCCUGAGCAGAGGCAAGAAGAAAGGGAAAUACCCAUUUCUGAUGUGCUUUCUGACCCCCCUUUGCUUUCUGAGCCCAAAUUACCGCAGCCCAAAGGUGAUGACCUUCCUUUGUCAUCCGUUGAGCCCAAGUUGAGCAUUGAACCACCAGAGGAUCCUGAGGAAAGUUUGAGAUUACAGCAGCUACAGGCGGCAGCCACACAAUGGCAACAGCAUCCACAGCAGCGAGUGGGUUUCCAGUAUCAGAGAAUAAUGCAGCAGCAUGCACAGUUGCAACAAAUUCUACAGCGCUACCAACAGAUCAUACAGUUGUCGCACUUGCCAACAAUGUCUUUGGAUACGCAGCUACAGCAUUAUGAAGCACAGAACAAACAGUUCCAGCCACUUUACAAGGAGUGGGAACGUGAAUUUCAGCAGUGGCAGGAUCAAAUUCAGGCCUACCCUCACAAAGACCAACUUCAUGAGUGUGAGAAACAGUGGAAAAUGUGGCAGGGACAGAUGAAAGUCACUUACACCCACCUUCAGGAGAAAGUGAAGUCUCUUCGGAACAUGAGCAGUCAGUAUCCUGGGAGUGUAACUUUGCCGCCUGCAUUUUCUGCAUAUUCUCAAACAGUACAAAGUGGUAUGUCCGUUGGGCAGCCUCCUUUGCCUUCAGCUGCACUGCCUCCACCUUCCACUGGAUUCUCUUCUGGCCCACAAAAGUCUGAUAUGCCUAUUUCAAAAGAAUCUGGUCCUCAGAGCACCCAGAGCACUGAAACACCGAGGCCAAAUUUGUACCCUACUCCUGGUUCUUUUAAAGUUACCGAGUCACUUCCCACUACCCAAAGUACAGAAAUGCCCAGGCCAGGUCUACUUCCUACUCCUACCGCAGCUUCUUUUUCAUUUAAGGUAACUGAGUCUUCUACCACCUCACAGGCCACAGAGACAACCAGGCCACCUCCAUUUCCUUCUCCUGCCUCUUUCUCAUUUAAAGAGUCGCUUCCCACUCCCCAGACUACGGAGAUGGCCAAGCAAGGUCUGCUUCCUACCCCUACCGCUGCUUCUUUUUCAUUUAAAGCAACUGAGUCUCCUGCCACGUCCCAGAACAUGGAGGCAACAAGGCCACCUCUGCUUCCCACCCCUGCUUUCCCUUUUAAAGGUAAUGAUACACCCGUCAUCACCCCGGCCAUGGAUACUGUCAGGCCAGGCCUGCUUCCCACCCCUUCUUCUGCUGCUUCCUUUUCAUUUAAAGCUACGGUUUCUCCUGCCAUGACCCACGCUACAAUGGAUGCAACCAGGCCACCUCUUCUUCCCACCCCUGCUUCCUUUUCUUUUAAAACUACUGAUACAUCUGCCACCCAGAAUUACCACUCAGAUGUGACAUCAUCUGCGAGCACUUCAGACCAAGGCAGUUCUUUUGCGCCUCUGGGCAAACAGGCAAUGCCAUUUGGUUCUGUUUCAUCAGAACUAACUUCUGCUGAAGUGAAACCUCACUCUACAGUGUCCUUCUCAUCUGCAUCCACCACCAGCACCACUACUACCUAUCAGAGCAGACCAGGGAGGUCAGCCGGGUUUCCUGAUUCUGCCAGGGGACAGCACCAUGAAGGUCCAAGGGUGUCAAGAUUUGAUGCACCACGAGGAAGAGACUUCGAUAAAUUUGAACCUGCAAGACAGCAAGGACCUCAUUUUCAAGGGCAACGUUUCGAUGGUCCAAGGCCAAGAUUUCAAAAUCAGCUUGUCGAUGGAUCUUCAGGCAAACAGGGGACAAUCCCCCGGGGCCCAGCAGCAGCAUUUUAUACUUCCUCAGGCACUUCACAAAUGCAGGCUUCCCAAGCAAGUGGACCACGGUGGCGGGGGCCUAGGCCUCCUUUGGGACAACAGAACCAUCAGACAGAACAUAAGGAAUCUUUUACUGAUAUGAGCAAUAAUCAGACAGUGGCAAAUAAAUCUAAACCUAGACCAGAUACAAAGGUUACUGGUUCUGUUCAGCCAGGUACAGUCAUGUCUAAAGCACAGCAAAAUUCAUCCAGAAAAGAGGGCAGAGAAACAAUGUCAGAAACAAAGAAACCAAGCUCUGCGGAGGCUGAACUGCAAACAGAAGAAUCAAAAAAACCUCUUACUUCGGGUGUUCUCCAUCAGACACCAGGUUCCACUGUACCAGGGGGGAAGAAAAUGUUACCACCAGCGCCGAUGGGAAAUAAAGAGUUGAAUUCUGCAGAAAACAAACUGUCUUCUUCUGAAAAUAAUCAGAGCAAGGAGCCAUCUAAACUGGAAAGCCGGGAGAGGGGACAAAUCAAGCCGGGAGAUAACCAGGCCAAAGGGCCAGCAGGCCGGGGCAGGGGCCAGGGUAGAAUGGAAGACAAUAGAGGUAGGGGCCGAGGCCGAUUUGAUGAUGCCAGAGGAAGGGGAGUACCAAACAGAGGUAGAGGUCUGACCAGAGAUAUGGGUGGCAGAGAUGUAAACAGUGGGCCAGGACCCCACAACAGGAUGCCAGAGGGCCAGUCGGGCAGUUGGGAAUCUGGGAUGGGUGGACAGUCGAGCAACCAGGAAGGGGCAUUGGAAAGGCAAUCGAGAAGCCAAGACAGAGGGUUACCAGCUAGAGACAGGGAACCAGCUCCCCAGAUGGGCAGCAGAGAGAGGCCAUGCAGAUUGCCGGGAAAGGGCUUAGGCAGGCAACCCAGUAGUCAGGAAAGGGGACUGGACCGGCUGGCUGGUAACCAUGAAAGGGGACCAGGACGGCGACCUAGUAGCCGGGAGAGGGAUAUGCACAGACGUGACGCAGGCCUUGGAGGUGGUAUGGAUAACUUGCCUCCAUUUCGUGAAGAACCACCCAGGCCUCCAUGGUCUUACGGAGAGGCAGGCAUGGAAGAGGAGCGCUCAUUUGAAUACCAAGAUAUUCCUCCUCUAGAGCGCAGACGAUUGGAGGAUUGGGAAAGAGACAGAUACUGGGUUGAGCGCGACCAGCGAUACCAUGAUGAUCCUCUUGAUCCAUAUGAGAGAGAUGACAUGUCAGCACACCGUCAUCCAUUGCCACCUCUUUCACCUCUUCCCCCUCUACCUCCUUUACCUCCAAUAUCUGCUGAUCUUGAUAGACGAGAACCAUAUUGGGAUGACUGGGAAAGGCCAUUGGGGAGAGAGAGAGAGCUAGACAGAGAUCUGGACAGGGUCCGAAGACCCUUGGAUAUGUAUGAUCGUGAUUCAGAAAGAGACUGGGACAGAGAUUACCUUAGACCACUGGGUGACAGAGAUACGCUUAGUGAUCUGGACAUACCUCCUCUCCCACCUUUGCCACCCCUUCCUCCACUUCCUCCUUUAGACAGAUACCGUGAGGAGCGAUGGCUGGAGGAGAGAGAGAGGGAUUUCUACGACAGAGAUUCCAGAGACCGGGGGGAGCUCAGAAUUCGAGAGUAUCCAGAGAGACAUGACACAUGGAGGGAACCAUCUGAUUUCCCACCCGACAGGGGUGAUUGGGAAAGGGAAAGAUUUUCAGAUAGGUGGUAUUCAGAUGAAAUCGACAGGUUCCCACGUUUAGAUGAUCGUCUGGAUCCACCACCUCUGCCACCACGCUCAUCUGAAUUGCUGGGAGACGAGCCAAAUUUAGCCUCUGAGCCAUCGUUGGGAGGUGUAAUGGUCCUUAGUCAAAGGCAACAUGAAAUAAUCCUGAAAGCUGCCCAAGAGCUAAAAAUGCUACGAGAACAGAAAGAACAUAUGAAGAAGAUGAAUGAAUUUGUUCCUGAACUGCCACCACAGGAAAUUCCUAGAGCUAGGAAGGAUAACUUUCAGGCCUCUUCUGAAAUGCACGCUGAGAUACCAAUAGAGGAGCAAUCUAUUAAGCCUACGCCAGCUGUAAUAGUAAAGCCACCCGUCAUGUUUCGGAAAGCUGCCCCAACAGCCAAGCCAGGCGCUGCACUUGCAAAGCCAUCUGUCCCAGCAACAAAGGGCCCCCUCCCAUCGGUAAAAAUGCCUGGUCCACCAACAAAGCCAAGUACUCCAAUUCCCAUUUCAGCUGCAGCAGCCUCUCAAGGUCCAGCUGCUAUGGUCAAAUCAUCACCUGCCAUGAGCCAAGAACGUUGGGAUGAGGAUUCUUUCCAGGGACUUUGGGAUAGCAGUGAAGAUAAAGGGUUAAAAUCAGAGAAUGACUUACCUGCAUCAGAUCUUUCAUUACCUUCAUCGACAGUCGCAACUUCCUUUGGGUCGGGUAUAGCACAACUUUCCAAGCCACCAAUUAUUCAUCAGACUGUUGACUACGGGCAUGGACACGGCCAUGGGCAAGAUAUAACCAGUAAAGGUGGACAAAUUCCUUAUGGGGAGCGUAUAACUCUGCGUCCAGAAGCUCCUCAUGAGAGGCAGCCCUUUUCAAAAGAACAUCCAGGCCAACGGGAACGAUAUCUCAAGGAAAGAGAUGCUUAUUUUGAGCGGCAAAAUAAUGCCAAUAUUGAUCACAGAGACUUCAGGCGAGAGAGAGAGCCAUACAGGGACCGUAUUUCUGGAGAACAUGAACGGGAAAGAUUUGACAAAGAACGCUAUCAACGAGAUGACAGCAGGCCAUCUCCUUCAAGAGCUCAGUCCUUUCGUGACAAAGACCAUUCAAACUCAAGACGGGGAGGAUUUGAAAGACAAUCAUAUGAAAGAAAACCUGAUCGUCCACCUUAUGAUCAUGGGCCUCCGAUGUUUGGAGGUGAUCGCAGAAAUUACCCUGAAGAAAGAAUGCCCAUUUCUGCUCCAUCAUUACCCCGACAACCACCACCUGCCCCUCGUGUAGAGAGGAAACCAGAAUCUAAAAAUGUGGAUGAUAUACUGAAGCCACCUGGAAGGGAGAGUAGACCAGAGAGGAUUGUCAUUAUCAUGAGAGGAUUGCCAGGCAGUGGAAAGACUCAUGUUGCUAAGCUUAUCAGGGUGAGUGAAGAAGAGACUUUCGAUAAAUUUGAACCUGCAAGACAGCAAGGACCUCAUUUUCAAGGGCAACGUUUCGAUGGUCCAAGGCCAAGAUUUCAAAAUCAAGCUGUCGAUGGAUCUUCAGGCAAACAGGGGACAAUCCCCCGGGGCCCAGCAGCAGCAUUUUAUACUUCCUCAGGCACUUCACAAAUGCAGGCUUCCCAAGCAAGUGGACCACGGUGGCGGGGGCCUAGGCCUCCUUUGGGACAACAGAACCAUCAGACAGAACAUAAGGAAACUUUUACUGAUAUGAGCAAUAAUCAGACAGGAAAUAAAUCUAAACCUAGACCAGAUACAAAGGUUACUAGUUCUGUUCAGCCAGGUACAGUCAUGUGUAAAGCACAGCAAAAUUCAUCCAGAAAAGAGGGCAGAGAAACAAUGUCAGAAACAAAGAAACCAAGCUCUGCGGAGGCUGAACUGCAAACAGAAGAAUCAAAAAACCUCUUUACUUCGGGUGUUCUCCAUCAGACACCAGGUUCCACUGUACCAGGGGGGAAGAUGUUACUACCAGCGCCGAUGGGAAAUAAAGAGUUGAAUUCUGCAGAAAACAAACUGACUUCUUCUGAAAUAAUCAGAGCAAGGAGCCACCUAAACUGGGAAAGCCGGGAGAGGGGACAAAUCAAGCUGGGAGAUAACCAGGCCAAAGGGCCAGCAGGCCGGGGCAGGGGCCAGGGUAGAAUGGAAGACAAUAGAGGUAGGGGCCGAGGCCGAUUUGAUGAUGCCAGAGGAAGGGGAGUACCAAACAGAGGUAGAGGUCUGACCAGAGAUAUGGGUGGCAGAGAUGUAAACAGUGGGCCAGGAACCCACAACAGGAUGCCAGAGGGCCAGUCGGGCAGUUGGGAAUCUGGGAUGGGUGGACAGUCGAGCAACCAGGAAGGGGCAUUGGAAAGGCAAUCGAGAAGCCAAGACAGAGGGUUACCAGCUAGAGACAGGGAACCAGCUCCCCAGAUGGGCAGCAGAGGGCCAUGCAGAUUGCCGGGAAAAGGGGCUUAGGCAGGCAACCCCAGUAGUCAGGAAAGGGGACUGGACCGGCUGGCUGGUAACCGUGAAAGGGGACCAGGACGGCGACCUAGUAGCCGGGAGAGGGAUAUGCACAGACGUGACGCAGGCCUUGGAGGUGGUAUGGAUAACUUGCCUCCAUUUCGUGAAGAACCACCCAGGCCUCCAUGGUCUUACGGAGAGGCAGGCAUGGAAGAGGAGCGCUCAUUUGAAUACCAAGAUAUUCCUCCUCUAGAGCGCAGACGAUUGGAGGAUUGGGAAAGAGACAGAUACUGGGUUGAGCGCGACCAGCGAUACCAUGAUGAUCCUCUUGAUCCAUAUGAGAGAGAUGACAUGUCAGCACACCGUCAUCCAUUGCCACCUCUUUCACCUCUUCCCCCUCUACCUCCUUUACCUCCAAUAUCUGCUGAUCUUGAUAGACGAGAACCAUAUUGGGAUGACUGGGAAAGGCCAUUGGGGAGAGAGAGAGAGCUAGACAGAGAUCUGGACAGGGUCCGAAGACCCUUGGAUAUGUAUGAUCGUGAUUCAGAAAGAGACUGGGACAGAGAUUACCUUAGACCACUGGGCGACAGAGAUACGCUUAGUGAUCUGGACAUACCUCCUCUCCCACCUUUGCCACCCCUUCCUCCACUUCCUCCUUUAGACAGAUACCGUGAGGAGCGAUGGCUGGAGGAGAGAGAGAGGGAUUUCUACGACAGAGAUUCCAGAGACCGGGGGGAGCUCAGAAUUCGAGAGUAUCCAGAGAGACAUGACACAUGGAGGGAACCAUCUGAUUUCCCACCCGACAGGGGUGAUUGGGAAAGGGAAAGAUUUUCAGAUAGGUGGUAUUCAGAUGAAAUCGACAGAUUCCCACGUUUAGAUGAUCGUCUGGAUCCACCACCUCUGCCACCACGCUCAUCUGAAUUGCUGGGAGACGAGCCAAAUUUAGCCUCUGAGCCAUCGUUGGGAGGUGUAAUGGUCCUUAGUCAAAGGCAACAUGAAAUAAUCCUGAAGGCUGCCCAAGAGCUAAAAAUGCUACGAGAACAGAAAGAACAUAUGAAGAAGAUGAAUGAAUUUGUUCCUGAACUGCCACCACAGGAAAUUCCUAGAGCUAGGAAGGAUAACUUUCAGGCCUCUUCUGAAAUGCACGCUGAGAUACCAAUAGAGGAGCAAUCUAUUAAGCCUACGCCAGCUGUAAUAGUAAAGCCACCCGUCAUGUUUCGGAAAGCUGCCCCAGCAGCCAAGCCAGGCGCUGCACUUGCAAAGCCAUCUGUCCCAGCAACAAAGGGCCCCCUCCCAUCGGUAAAAAUGCCUGGUCCACCAACAAAGCCAAGUACUCCAAUUCCCAUUUCAGCUGCAGCAGCCUCUCAAGGUCCAGCUGCUAUGGUCAAAUCAUCACCUGCCAUGAGCCAAGAACGUUGGGAUGAGGAUUCUUUCCAGGGACUUUGGGAUAGCAGUGAAGAUAAAGGGUUAAAAUCAGAGAAUGACUUACCUGCAUCAGAUCUUUCAUUACCUUCAUCGACAGUCGCAACUUCCUUUGGGUCGGGUAUAGCACAACUUUCCAAGCCACCAAUUAUUCAUCAGACUGUUGACUACGGGCAUGGACACGGCCAUGGGCAAGAUAUAACCAGUAAAGGUGGACAAAUUCCUUAUGGGGAGCGUAUAACUCUGCGUCCAGAAGCUCCUCAUGAGAGGCAGCCCUUUUCAAAAGAACAUCCAGGCCAACGGGAACGAUAUCUCAAGGAAAGAGAUGCUUAUUUUGAGCGGCAAAAUAAUGCCAAUAUUGAUCACAGAGACUUCAGGCGAGAGAGAGAGCCAUACAGGGACCGUAUUUCUGGAGAACAUGAACGGGAAAGAUUUGACAAAGAACGCUAUCAACGAGAUGACAGCAGGCCAUCUCCUUCAAGAGCUCAGUCCUUUCGUGACAAAGACCAUUCAAACUCAAGACGGGGAGGAUUUGAAAGACAAUCAUAUGAAAGAAAACCUGAUCGUCCACCUUAUGAUCAUGGGCCUCCGAUGUUUGGAGGUGAUCGCAGAAAUUACCCUGAAGAAAGAAUGCCCAUUUCUGCUCCAUCAUUACCCCGACAACCACCACCUGCCCCUCGUGUAGAGAGGAAACCAGAAUCUAAAAAUGUGGAUGAUAUACUGAAGCCACCUGGAAGGGAGAGUAGACCAGAGAGGAUUGUCAUUAUCAUGAGAGGAUUGCCAGGCAGUGGAAAGACUCAUGUUGCUAAGCUUAUCAGGGAUAAGGAAGUUGAAUGUGGAGGAGCCGCACCCAGAGUGCUCAGCCUGGACGACUAUUUUAUCACUGAAAUAGAGAAAGAAGAGAGAGACCCUGAUACAAAGAAAAGAGUUAAAAAGAAGAUUUUAGAGUAUGAAUAUGAAGCUGAUAUGGAAGAAAUCUAUCGUGCCAGCUUAUUCAAAACUUUCAAAAAGACUUUGGAUGAUGGGUUUUUCCCCUUUAUCAUCCUUGAUGCCAUUAAUGACAGAGUACGCCAUUUUGAGCAGUUCUGGAGUGCUGCAAAAACAAAAGGUUUUGAGGUCUACCUAGCUGAAAUUACUGCAGACAACCAAACUUGUUGCAAGAGAAAUGUCCAUGGACGCAAGCUCAAGGAGAUCAGUAAGAUGGCUGAUCAUUGGGAAACAGCACCCCGUCAUAUGAUACGUUUAGACAUUCGCUCUUUGCUACAAGAUGCUGCUAUUGAAGAGGUGGAGAUGGAGGAUUUUGAUGCAAACAUUGAAGAUCAGAAAGAAGAAAACAAAAAAGAUGCAGAGGAAGAAGAGAGUGAACUGGGUUACAUUCCGAAAAGCAAAUGGGAGAUGGAUACUUCUGAAGCGAAACUAGACAAAUUGGAUGGCUUGCGAACUGGUGCUAAGAGGAAGCGUGAUUGGGAAGCAAUUGCCAGCAGAAUGGAAGAUUAUCUUCAGCUUCCAGAUGAUUAUGAUACCCGUGCUUCUGAACCUGGAAAGAAGAGGGUAAGAUGGGCAGACCUUGAAGAAAAAAAGGAUGCAGACAGAAAGAGGGCCAUUGGUUUUGUGGUGGGACAAACGGAUUGGGAGAAAAUCACCGAUGAAAGUGGUCAUUUUGCUGAGAGAGCCCUCAAUCGCACAAAGUACAUCUGACGCAGAAUUUUUCUGCCUAUGAGGCAGUUUGCUUUGAUGAGAACUGAACACAGGGUGACCUGGAACUUGUCAUUCGCCCUCUGGAGAGUUGUGCGGUUCUUUUCUUUCGAAACUUCAAAUUUUUUUUGUGUUCUUCCCUAUUGCAUUCCUUGGAAUUCUACCUGGUGAUAUCCAGCACCCCCAAGUUAUAUGGAGCUUGCAUCUAAAUGUGAAAGGUUUUUGUGUUAAAAUUAGUAGUUCUAGCUUUUAUGCGUGCAGUAGAGUGGAAAGAUGAGCCCAUGGACAUUUCUUCUUCUGUACUGUCGCAGAAUGUCAGCAUUACAAUUGCAUUGUUGCUUUGUGGCCGUUGUUAUUUUUUACUGUACAAACUUUGUAGUUUAUUGUACUAGAAAACAGAACAAUAAACUUUCACUACGAACCUGGUGAAUGACUUAGUCGACCA